ACGGUGGUCAGGUGACCCGCAGCAGGCAGGCCAUUCUCGGCUUCCCCUGGCUUUGGCUCCAAUGUCGGAGGUGUUUGUGCCUGGAAGAAAUGGACUCUGGCAAUGCAAGAAUUUAAUCAUUCAGAGGUCCGAACAGUUGACUCCGUGAAUGGCGCCAAAACAGGACCCUAAACCUAAAUUUCAAGAAGGUGAAAGAGUCCUGUGCUUUCACGGGCCAUUGCUCUAUGAAGCAAAGUGUGUCAAGAUCAACGUAAAGGAUAAGCAGAUUAAAUACUUCAUUCAUUACAGCGGAUGGAACAAAAACUGGGAUGAAUGGGUUCCUGAAAGCAGAGUUCUCAAAUAUGUGGACAGCAACCUUGCCAAACAAAAAGAGCUUCAAAAGGCCAAUCAGGAUCAUUAUGUUGAGGGAAAGAUGAGGGGUUUAGCACCAAGCAAGAAGAUUGCUGCUGUGCAGCAGAAAAAUGUUGAUCUGAAAGUGAAAAAGGCAAAACAGAAGACCCCAGGGCCAGGUGAAGGUACCAGCAGCGGCGAGAUGCCCCAGGGGCCACGAAAGAAGAGGGCUCGGGUUGAUCCCACAGUGGAGAGUGAGGAGAUGUUCACCAACCGUGUGGAAGUGAAGGUGAAGAUCCCCGAGGAGUUGAAACCCUGGCUGGUGGAUGACUGGGACCUCAUUACCCGACAGAAACAGUUAUUUCAUCUGCCAGCUAAGAAGAAUGUAGAGACCAUCUUGGAGGACUAUGCAAACUACAAGAAAUCAAAAGGAAACUCAGACAAUAAGGAAUACGCUGUGAGUGAAGUGGUGGCAGGGAUCCGGGAGUACUUCAACGUCAUGCUGGGCACUCAGCUGCUUUACAAGUUUGAGAGGCCGCAGUACGCCGAGAUCCUGGCUGAACACGCGGAUGUGCCGAUGUCUCAGGUGUAUGGAGCACCGCACCUGCUGCGUCUGUUUGUUCGUAUUGGAGCCAUGCUGGCCUACACUCCCCUGGAUGAGAAGAGUCUGGCUCUGUUGCUUAGUUACCUCCAAGAUUUCCUCAAGUACCUGGUAAAGAAUUCAUCGACCCUUUUCAGUGCCAGCGACUAUGAGGUCGCACCCCCAGAGUACCACCGCAAAGCUGUGUGAGAGCUCUCAGCAAACAUCUCUCCUAUUGAGACACCUCAUCCCACUCUCCCAGACCACAACCGAAUUAUCCGUGACUACCCUUUGGAUUGCAGUCUUUGGCGAUAUUUUUCACUUGAACUGAUUUGCUUCCCCCGCCAGGGUCUCAGGAGCUCGUCACGGUUAAGAAGAAAAAAAAUUGUGAAACCUUUUUAACUGAGUCACUUUUCUUUUUUCCCCUUUUCCUUUUCAUGUCCCCUUUUUUUUUUUUUUGGAAAGGUCAUAUAAAAGCGUGGUUCUUCAUCGUCCGUUACCACAGAGCAGCUCUUCUGUGUUUUUGUGCAUUCCAGCUGAUAGAUAUUUGUUGCAUGUGGGUAUUUAUUGGUGUUUCUUCGGCCAAAUGAGGUGCAGUUUAAUGCUGGUCCUCUGUCAGCGUUUAGCAGUUAAUGUUUUUGUAUCAGUAUCUUGUGUAUUUGUAUCAGUUUGUAAAAAGAAAAAAAUAUAUAUGUUUAUACACAGUGUCCAA